AAGGCCAUGAUGAACAGAGGAAUCCCUUUUAGGCACUUGUUCCUGGCGCUGCAGCUGGCACAACUCCCAGCUGCCACUCAAGGGAAGACAGUGGUGUUGGGCAAAGAAAGGGCUUCGGCGGAGCUGCCCUGCAAAGGUUCCCAGAAGGCCCUGUUUUUCUGGAAGUUUCCUGACCAGACGAGGAUUCUGGGAAAUCAGAAUAAUUUUUUGACUAAAGGUUCAUUUGAUGGGUCUGACCGUUUUGAUUCGAAAAAAGCUGCAUGGGACAGAGGAUCAUUUCCUCUCAUCAUCAAUAAACUUAAGAUGGAAGACUCAAAGACUUACAUCUGUGAGGUGGAGAACAAGAAGAUGGAGGUGGAGCUGUGGGUGUUCAGAGUGACUGCCAGUCCAGACACCCGUCUGCUGCAGGGGCAGAGUCUGACGCUUGCCUUGGAUAGCAGCUCCAAGGUCACUAGCCCCUCAAUAGAGUGCAGAGGCCCAGGGAAUAGAAUUGUCAAGGGCUCCAAAACCCUCUCCAUGCCUAGCCUAAGGAUUCAGGACAGUGGCAUCUGGACCUGCACCGUAACCCAGAGCCAGCAGAAGAAUAACUUUGAUAUCAACAUCUCAGUGUUGGGUUUCCAGAAGACAUCUACCACAGUCUAUAAGAGUGAAGGCGAGCUUGUGGAGCUUUCCUUUCCACUUAACUUUGGAGAAGAAAAUCUGCAGGGGCAGCUGAGGUGGAAGGCAGAGAAGGCCCCCUCGCCACAGCCCUGGAUCACCUUCUCCCUGGAGAAUAAGAAGGUGUCCAUGCAAAAGACCAGGGAGGGCAACCUCAAGCCCCAGAUGGAGGAAUCGCUCCCACUCCGCCUCAGGAUACCCCAGGUCUCGCUAGAGAGUGCUGGUUCCGGAAACCUGACUCUAACUCUGGCCAAAGGCACACUGCAUCAGGAAGUGAACCUGGUGGUGAUGAAAUUGUCUCAGAAAGACAAUGCUGUGACCUGUGAGGUGAGAGGACCCGCCUCCCUCAAGAUGAGAUUGACCCUGAAGCUGGAGAAUCAGGACAGGGUCUCCAGGCAGGAGAAGGUGGUUGAAGUGCUGAACCCUGAGGCGGGGCUGUGGCAGUGCCAACUGGCUGAAGGGAAUGAGGUCAAGAUAAACUCCACUAUCCAUGUUUCAUCCAGAGGGUUGAAGCAGGACCAGCCAAUGUUCCUGGCUCUUGUGCUGGGGGGCAUCUUCAGCUUUCUGGGCUUCAUUGGGCUCUGCAUCCUCUGCUGUGUCAAGUGCAGGCACCAGCAGCGCCAGGCGGAACGGAUGUCUCAGAUCAAGAGGCUCCUGAGUGAGAAGAAGACCUGCCAGUGUCCCCACCGGAUGCAGAAGACUCAGAAUUUCAUUUGAGGCCUAGGCCCCGCGGGCAGCCUACCAACUGUGCCUUGUCUUGUCUCCUGAGGCCUGUGGACCAGAUGAAUGUAGCAGACCCAGGGCCUCUGGCCUCCUCUUCCAUAACUGGCCACUGUUUCUCUCCCUCUAUUCCCAAGCUCAAAGUAAGCUUGCUCUCUCCCUGUCAGACAAUUAAACACACUGUUUAUCUUCCCAGCUUCCUUUUCAUCAAGACCUCAGCCCUCCUCUGACUCUUGUUCUGAGCCUCUCUCCAGCUGUCUGUUUGGAUCUCAGGGCAGUGCACAGAAUCAGCGGGGCACAGAUGGUGGGGGCUGCUGCGUGGAAAUACACCACACACUUUACAAGAGAGGGCCCUGGGACUGAACUGAGUGGAGACUUGUGGAGAUCACACAGCCUUUCAGGGACAGAUGUGGACCCCAAAGCUGCU